AUGUUUAAAAUUAAUUAGGAUUGGUUAUUAAAGAACAAAUAUACAGCAUUAUCAAUUGUUGCAAGUGUUGGUUUAUUGAUGUUAACUUUUAGAAAGAAAAACUUAAAUCCAUUUGAAUCAACAUAUAAAAGAGUGUCAUAAGAGAUUCAAUAAAAAGUUCUUUAAGCUAGGUAUGUCAUAUAAACAGAGUUAAAAUUAUCUAAUGAAAAUAAAACCCUUAUAUUAAAUAGUUCUAUUCCUUAAAUUCAUUAAUUUUAUGAAUCUAAAAAGUUUACAUGUUUGGAUGUGUUAUUAACAUUUUUGGAAGUGGCAUUGGAAAAAGGAUUCAAAAUGGGUUAUUUGAAUGAUGUAAAUUUAGAAGAUGCUAUAUAAAAAGCUAGAUAAUUAGAUUAAGAAUUAAAGAGUAAAGAUUAUAAGAUAGAGAAUAAACCUUUAUUUGGAAUUCCUAUAAGUGUGAAAGACACAUUUAUUAUAAAAGGAACAUAUUAAGCAUUUGGAUGUGGAGCAUAUGCUUAAAAGAGAUCAGAAAUAGAUGGAAUAUAAGGAUAUUUAAUAAAUAAAUCAGGAGGAAUAAUAUUUGCAAAAACAAAUUUACCAUAAUUUGGAUUUUCAUAUGAAAGUUGGAAUUAUUUAUUUGGAAGAUCUAUACAUCCUUAAGAUCCAACUAGAACAUCUGGUGGUUCAACAGGAGGAGAAGGUGGAUUGAUAGCAAUAAAUGGUUCUCCAUUGGGUUUAGGAAGUGAUAGUGGAGGAAGUAUUAGAAUUCCUUCUCAUUUUUGUGGUUUGUAUGGAUAUAAGCCAAGUUCUAAAAGAUUAAUAAUGAGAGGUUAGGCAAAAGGAGUUCCAACAUGGGAUGGAAUCAGGAAUAUUGCAUCUUGUUAUGGUCCUAUGUGUAAGAAUUGAUUUAUAUAUUAAAGCUAAGCAUUUUCCUAAUUUAGUCAAUAUGAUGUCAGCAUUAACAACCAAUUAUGAAUAAGCUCCUAUUAAUAUAAAAGAUAUCAAUUUUGUGAUGAAAUAAUUUGAUGAAAAAGAGUGUUACAAUAAUAAUAAAAAAUAUAAAAUAGGAGUUUUAAGAAAGAUAAAUCUACUUUUACCUUGUAAAGCAAAUUAAAGAGCUUUAGAUAUAGCAGUAGAGAAGUUAAAAGCAUAAGGACACACAGUUAUAGAAUUUGAGAUUGAUUAAAGUAUUUUUGAGAAUGUUUUCUAACAUGUUUAUGAUGUAAUGUUGGGAGAUGGAGGAAUGAAAGGAACUUAUGAAUUAUAUAAAGGAGAACCAUGGAUUUCUCAUUUUGAUAAUUUUAAGAAGGCUACUCAUUCAUGCUGGCUUUGGAAAAAGAUCUAUUAAAAAUGGUUGAAAUGUUAGGAUCGCAAAAGAGAAUUAAUGAUUUGGAAUGCAGGAGAUCAUGGAUUAUCAUAUUAUGAAAAUCUUCAUAUUACAACUAGAUUAACAGCAUAUCAAAUUUAAAUGAUUCAAAUUUGGCAUGAUUUAUAAUUAGAUGCAGUCAUUAGUCCUGUGACUGCUGGAGUUGCUGUUAAACAUAAUACUGCAUAAAAUUGUUUUAGUGGAAUAAGUUAUACAUUUAUUUGGAAUAUGAUUGAUUUUAGUUGUGGAUCAGUUCCUAUUACAACAGUUUAAGAGGAUGAACAAUAUUACAAUGAACAAUCAUUAUUUGGCAAAAAGGAUAUUGAAUAUAAGGUUUUAGAAGAAACUAUGGAACACAGUACUGGUUUACCUGUGGGCAUUUAAGUUAUUUCUAAACCAUUAGAAGAUGAAGUUUGUUUAAAUAUAAUGAGAUAAUGUGGAUAAUGAGU